UCAGACUAGCAAGUUGCUCUCAAGUCUUGUGGAUUAUAUCAGCAGCAGAAGAAGAAAGCCGAGGAGCUUCCUUUCUUGCAGCAGUGCCAGGAAGACCGGCUGAGCUGCACGCCCGAUCCCAGAGGUUCCAGCCUAGGAAUCCACCCAGCCUUGUUCCCCCGAAGCUUCAAGGCGCUCCGACGUUCUCCAGUCGAGAUGGCCAGUGGAGGGUUGCAGAUGUUGGGCUUCAUCCUGGCCUUCAUCGGCUGGAUCGGCAUCGUGGUGAGCACGGCCAUGCCCCAGUGGAAAAUCUCCUCCUACGCCGGGGACAACAUUGUGACGGCCCAGGCCAUCUACGAGGGCCUCUGGAUGUCGUGCGUCAUGCAGAGCACCGGCCAGAUGCAGUGCAAAGUCUUCGACUCCCUGCUCAAGCUGGACGGCAGCCUCCAGGCCACCCGGGCCUUGAUGGUGGCGAGCAUCCUUCUGGGCCUCAUCGGAACGUUUGUCGCAAUGAUCGGCAUGAAAUGCAUGAAGUGCAUGGAGAAUGAUGAACCCAAGAAACUGAUGAUGGCUGUGAUCGGCGGCAUCAUCUUCCUGGUCUCAGGGUUUGCAGCCUUGGUGGCCACCUCUUGGUAUGGAAACAACGUGGCUCGGGAAUUCUUCAACCCUUAUACACCAGUCAAUACUAGGUUUGAAUUUGGCCAGGCUCUAUUCAUUGGCUGGGCCGCUGCUUCUCUGGCCAUCCUCGGAGGGGCUUUCCUGUGCUGCUCCUGUCCCCGGAGAGAAACCUCCUACCCUCCAUCCCGGCCGUACCCAAAGAGCGCCCCUUCUGCAGGGAAAGAUUAUGUAUAAUGCCAAAUGGAGGCGGAGCGGAAAUAACUUUCUUGGCAUUGAAGAGGAAUUCCCAAGGGAUGACGCUUUCCUGCUUUCUUUCCCAGGGCACAGCGUGUGGCUUUGAGAGAUGGCUGUCCCUUUUGUAAAAGAAAUGUGUAUAUUUAUAUAGAUAAAUGUGCGUGUGUGCAUGUGUGCGCAUGUGUUAUGCCGGUUAUAUAACCAUCGCUGAUCUAUAUAGAUAAAUGUGUGUGUAUGUUUGAAUGCAUGUGUGUGCAUGUGUUAUGUCGGUUAUAUAACCAUCGCUGAUCUAUAUAGAUAAAUGUGUGUGUAUGUUUGAGUGCAUGUGUGCGCAUGUGUUAUGCCGGUUAUAUAACCAUCACUGAUCUAUAUAGAUAAAUGUGUGUGUAUGUUUGAGUGCAUGUGUGCGCAUGUGUUAUGUCAGUUAUAUAACCAUCGCUGAUCCUGGUUAUAGGAUUCCUCCUUGCUCUUCCAUUUGAUGAGAAGCCUCGUCCCAAUCGCGGAGGUGGUUGUGGUGGAAAGUGCCCUCCGAUCGCUGUCAACCUUGGGCAACCCAGUAGGGUUUUCAAUUCAAGUCAUUCAGAGGUGGUUUGCCAUCGCCCGCCUCUGCAGAGCCCCCCUGGACUUCCUUGGUGGUCUCCCAUCCAAAUACCAACCAGGACUGAACCUUCUUAGCUUAUGAGAUCUGACGAGGGCCGUCCAGUUUAGGGCAAACAUGGAGGCAUUCACGAGGAAACGCCAGGGAAACUUCCACACAUAGGGGAAGUUUCUCUUUUUGUGUGGGAUGAAACCAGAGGCCACCCUGUCGUGCUUUCUCCGUUCACGCUCUUCCCAAGGGGGGCGUUGCAAUCAAUAUCUCUGUCCUCCGUUCCCUUUGUACAUAUUCUUUUAUACAGCGGCAGCAGACGUUUGCAGGGUGCAAGAGGCCAAAUAUGCCCGCUCGGAGAAUCUUUUGAAGUGUCUGAAUGUAUUGUUGCGAUAUCCGUUUCUCUUUUCCUGGAAGGCAGAGAAAUGAGUGAAAUUGUUAAGUGUGGGACACAGGGAAGGGCAGAAUGGUUCCUUCUGGUGCUUUCCAGCUUCCCAAAGAGGCACAGAAAGGGGAGCUGAAACUCCCCAAACGCCUGACUGUCGAGACCUGUUAAGACCUGUUAAAUAUUUCAGCUCCUCCCUAGUUCUUGCCAUGAAACUUGAGGGCACAGACUAGGGAAAACUGACUUGGACUUAUAUUCAAGGGUCUUGUCUAACUAGUAGCCUUGGAAAAUGUACUAGUUGACAAAUUGUAAAAAGAGAUAAGAAGAAGAAGAAGAGUUUUGGAGUUUUGGAUUUAUAUCCCCCCUUUCUCUCCUGUAGGAGACUCAAAGGGGCUGACAAUCUCCUUGCCCUUCCCCCCUCACAACAAACACCCUG